AUGGAAAACCACCCAUCCAAAGCCGCUGCACACAGCCAGACACCCUCGACUAUCAUGUGUGACCCUCAGCGUAUUCAGCCCUUUGAGUCCGAGACUCAACCAACGCCAAGAGACAAAUCCCCCCUUACUUGCUGGGAAUGCGCGACAUGUGGCCGCAGGUAUAUAGACCCAGCAGCCACGAGUCUUUUCAUCUCACCCCCGCCAACCACCGAGUGCAUUAUGGUCCAGACCGACGAGACCUGGACCCAUGAGAAAGGAGGAUACGUGAAUCUUUCCAUCACUGGCGGAGCCACCUGCGAUUACGUGCGCAUUAAUCGCGCCGUUGGCGACGCAGACCUCGGCGAACACAUUGCCGAGCCAGAGGACUCCGCUUCUGCGCUGAACAUCCCGGCUGUGAACGGACUCUCGGCGCGGGUUUGCGAUAGUAUGAAGGUGGAAGGGGAAUAUGGUCGUGUCAAUAGGCAGAAUAAAGCCGUGGAUACUAAUUGCGACGAUGCAAACGUCAAACACAACAGCUGUAUCUUCAACCAGAGCCUAAGAUCCAGCCCUAGCAACCGAACUCACCGCCCUACCAGGUCGAGACGACGAACACAUCCCCGGACUCCCACCAUCUUCAAAAUCUACGACUACGGCCACACUUUUACCGUGCUUGACACCAAAGGGGCCAGAGAGUGUAUCCGCGCUGCCAUUAACAAUGCUGCGCCCCACCUCGGUGAAUUGAACCGCGAGGUUGGCACCGGAACGGUCUUCAGAUACGAAAAGCCACGCACAGUUUGCAUCCCAAGCGCCAUUGACCGGAGGCAGAACUAUAAUUACUGGUGA